GGGGCCUUUCCAUAGUCUAUAGCUAUACACUGGAUUUUGUUUCGUUUGUAGUGUACAGACCACACAGAUUCCUAUGCAUGUUGAGGAUUUAGUUGUGUAGCUAGAGGAAGACAGAUGUAGACCUAAUGAUACCUAUGCAAAAUUAAAGAUAUAUACACACACACAGCAUGAGAGCCAGUGUGGUUUAAUGGUUAGCGUGCCGGACUAUGACCUGGGAGACCAGGGUUCAAAUCCCCACCCAGCCAUGAAGCUUACUGGGUGACCCUAAGCUUUCAGCCUAACUUCCUGUGAAGGGUUGUUGUGAAGAUGAAUUCCUUGAAAGAAAAGUCAUCUUCCUCCCUGAAGACAUCUUACGAAGACUGGCUCACAUACUAUGGUCUAACCAUCUCUCCAUUUCACAUGCGAUGGCAGACGGCGCUUUUCAACCGCCUGUUUUACAAUUGGGGAAGAUGGAAACCCAGACUUCUUUAUCUAUGGUUUAGUGCGGGAAUGUUUUUUGGCAUAGCUGCUAUGUUUGGUUCUGUUUUUCUCCUUGGGAAGACACUGAUGCAGACACUCUCUCAGAUGCUAAGCGAAGGGCCUGCCGGCCAGAAUGAUCAGAUGCUGCAAGUUGUGGUGCCUGGUGUAAAUCUUCCCAUCAGCCAGCUGUCCUAUUUCUUCACAGCUAUCCUUAUCAGUGGUGUCAUACAUGAAGUUGGCCAUGGGGUGGCAGCUAUCCGAGAGCAGGUUCGAUUCAACGGAUUUGGAAUCUUUAUAUUUAUUGUUUAUCCAGGGGCGUUUGUUGAUCUGUUCACCACCCACUUGCAACUCAUUUCCCCAAUCCAGCAGCUGAGAAUAUUUUGUGCAGGAGUCUGGCAUAACUUUGUGCUUGGAGUUGCAAGUCUUGUGGUCCUCUUCUUCCUGCCAGCUAUUCUUUUCCCAUUUUAUUACACUGGUGCUGGGGCACUCGUCACUGAACUCACAGAGGAUUCUCCUGCUAAUGGGCCCAGAGGGCUUUUUGUUGGUGACAUUGUCACCAGUCUGCAAGACUGCUCAGUUCAUAGUGUGGAGGACUGGAAUUCCUGCCUGGGAAAGAUCUCUCUGAAGCCACAAACAGGCUAUUGCAUAAAGACAUCAGUGCUACAACAGCUAAGCUACCCAUCUAGAGGUUUUAAAAGACUUGACGGCACUGUUGAAUGUUGUAGCAACAACAGCCUCACAGACGUCUGCUUUUCAUACAGUAAUAACUUAAACGGUCAGUCGGUCCAGUAUGCCUGUCUGCCAGCACGGAAAGCUAUUGAGGCCAGCCAACUUUGCCGAACCAAUACGGAUUGCCGGAGGGAGUUUGUUCCAAGUUUGUGUGUGACGCCUUCUCUGGAAAACCAAACUAGGCUUAUCCGAGUGAAACACCCACCUCAGAUGGAUAUGCUGUUUGUUGGGCACCCGCUGCAUCUCCAGUAUACAGUGAGUCUCAGCAGUUUUGUACCUCGACACAGCUUCCUCAGUAUCGAUCUGCCUGUGGUAAUGGAAACAUUUUGCAAGUAUCUGAUUUCCCUCUCUGGAGCGCUGGCUGUAAUCAACGCAGUCCCUUGUUUUGCUUUGGAUGGCCAGUGGAUAUUAAACUCUUUCCUGGAAGCUACUCUUAGCACGCUGGUUGUUGAAAAACAAAACAGGGAGCUAAUUGGCUUUUUAAUUUUGCUCUCUGGCAGCACACUUUUAGCUGCCAAUGUGGCGUUAGGGCUUUGGGUGGUGACAGCCCGAUAGCACAUUUUUUUGCUCAUUUCGACAUCUGAUAAUUUAUACUAGGCACAUGGGAAAUAGUGAAAUUGUGUGUGUGUGUGUGUGUGUGUGUGUGUGUGUGUGUGUGCAUCUAUGUGUGUGUGUGUGUGUGUUUGGACAAGAAGAAGACAAGCAGCUUCAAUCAAAUUAUGGCACAAGAAAGAUUACUUUCCUGUGAGCUUUAAGUAAUUCAGGAUUGGAUGGUUGUGAUCUUAAAGAUUAAAUUAUUUCUUCUUUAAUCAUUUGUGAAAACUGUAUUGGAAAGGCAGGAGAAGAGUUAGACUUGGCUUAUUUAGAUGUCCUAGCAAGGUCAUUGUUCAGUGCUAAGCUCCUGUACGCUGGAAAACUUGCUCUUCCAAAAUAAGGGGGCAGGCAGUGGCAAAUGGAGCCACUUGGCUGCCCAGAGUGGCAAACGCUGAGGCACCCCCUGAGGGUGGGACGUCAUGAUGCAUGCACUGUGACAUCACGACGCACACGUCAGGAUGAACAGCGCAUGGAGUGUGCAUGCACGAGAUGCUGCACAUGCGGUCAGUACGCACU